GUUUAUAUAGUUGUCAUUUAUUCUUAUACUACUUUUGUUACAUUGAUUGGGUUUAGGGACAUCCGAAAGCCGCUUCUUUGAAAACCGUCCCAUUGUUGUUUCCAGAGCUUUAUGCAGAACUCUUUGAUGGAAAUAGUGCCUCUGGUAAUCUCAGCUAUGCCACAUCCCAAACACCAUCGGGACAUGGAUCAUCUUCUUUCCAUGUCACACCACUGCAACUUAUGGACACCCCUUCUGUUAACAUAGAUGAGGAUGAUUUCUUUUCCAAUCAUACCACUCAGCCACCACCUUCUGCUGCUUCACCUUCUAGUAACCCCAACAAAAGAGCUAAACCCUCAACUCCUAGACCUCGAGUGUAACACCGUAAAUUUCAAAACAAUUUUUCAUUUAAAACUAAUCGUUUAAUUCUUAAAAAAACACUUUUCUUAAAAUCUCAUUCAUAAUCGAAUUGCAAAAACAUAACUCCAUUUUCACUUGCAUAAUAAACCAGGAUGCUCUGAAUAUGACUCUUUCUCUGGUGUGUACAAUCGAGUCGGUGCCGUCCCGUGAUCCUGAGAGAAACCUGAAACACAUAACACAAAACACUAUAAGCACGAAGCUUAGUGAGUUCCCCAAAAUACCACACAUAACACAUAUUAGCCACUCGAGGCUAUAACUCUAUGGGUCCGUGGACCCUACUCUAUGAACCCUCUGGUUCUAACUCUGUGAACCUUCCGGUUCUAACUCUGUAAACAUGCACAACAUAAAUCACAUAGAAAUAAUGCAGUACAACACAUAGCAUACAAAUACUCUAUCACAUAACUCUGGUUACCUACUCAAGGUAAAGUAUAGUGAGAAGACUCACCUGGCAAGCAGAAAGCAGAUAUCCCCACACUUGAAUCUCCAACUCGCCACCGCCUAACACAUAAGGCAAAUACUCUCAUGAAUAUAACUCUCGAGACUACAAUCAACCCUCUCUUGGCACCCUCUUCAGGGUAAAAGACCAUUUUACCCCUCUCUUGGCCCAAAGGCCACAUCGCUGACCAAACCCUAAAAGUCAAAAAAAGUCAACGAUCAACUUUGACCGGACUUGGCGAGUGCACUAGGGCGACUCGGCGAGUCUAUACGUGUCCACUGACUCCCUUGGAUCCUCUCUUGACACGUCGAGUAUUUCUCUGACUCGACGAGUUUCACCUGGCAUAAAUCGUGGGGCCACCACGACUCAACUCGUCGAGUCUCAAGAACAACUCGGCGAGUUCCGGCUUGACUCAGUCCCCCCUGACUCUCCCUGAAUCACUGAGUCGACCCCUCAACUCAACAAGACCACUCGCUGAGUGGUUACGGGCAAACUUCAUGCUACUCGCCGAGUCUGUUCUUCAGACUCGGCGAGUCCAUGCCAUGCAUAACUCAAACUCAUUUCUAAGGUCAGAUCUGUUCCAUACAAUCAUAGAUCUGGCCUCCCCAGGCAUGAUAAUCACGUAAAGUCCAAACCUUGGUGCUCAAACAACGACUAUUUGCUCCUAGGUGAUGUUUUAGCCCCAUAUCUCAUAACUCUAGGUCAAAACUCCCAUGAAUCCUCAUAAAGCUUAAGGAAUAAAGCUUCUCUGGACCUCUAUGGAUCUCAUCCCAAGACUCAUCACAAAUAGGGACGAAAUGGACAUCAAAUCUAACCAACAAAGGGGUCAAGAAACCCUAACCCCCAUGUUUAUCAUGACAACAGAAAAGGAAGCCAAAAUAUACCUCUAAGAUGAUGCUCUGAGCUCCAAAAUCGAAGGAUGUCCACCUCCCUUGCCUCCUCUUAGCUAGAAUCUCCUUUGCCUUUCCAAACAAAGCUUCAAAGUUCAACAAUGGCCUCUUCUCUCUCCCAAAACGCUCAAAAUCUCUUUAGGGUUUCUCUCUGGGGUUGGUGGCCGCAAAUGACGGCCAUAAGCCCCUUUAAAUAUGUCUCAAACCCUGGAAAUUAGGGUUUCAUUAAACUGCGUGGACUCGCUGAGUCCAGACGUGAACCCGGAUGAACAUCCGCGACCAUACUCGGCGAUUCUUGGCUCCAACUCGCCGAGUUCCUCCUUAAACACCAAAAUAAUUAAAUAAAAUAAUAUACCUGGGAAAUCAGGAUGUUACAUCGAGCUAGUGCCUCACCUGAGCCACCUUCUAGUGGCUCCCCUAAAGCUUCUAUUACUGCUGAUGAUUUAGCAUUGGAGAUGCAGCAAGCUCUACGACAUUUGACUCGAGGGCCAACAAUUUCCCAAUGUUUAGAGAAACUAGAGUUACUCGAGUUAGGCCCGGUUGACCCUCUACGAUUUGCUGCUUAUCAUAUUUUUGGAGGGACCAUGAAUAUGAGAGAGAUGUGGGUAAAUUUGCCUAAUGAUCCACAAAUAUUAAGAGGGUGGAUCGAGAUGACAGCUACAAGUUUAGGAGUAUUGAAGGAUGGAAAGAUUGUCCAUUAAGUUUACAUAUUUGAAUUUGAACUAUGUGGUUAUGUUUUUUGGUUAUUUGGUACUUGGAUGUUAUUUGUAGUAUGUGGUUAUUUGGUACUUGAAUGUUAUUUGUAGUAUUUGGAAUUUGAGCUAUGUGAUUACGUAUUUUGGUUAUUUGGUUAUGUUAUUUGGUACUUGAGUUUUAUAUUUUUUUAUUUGGUACUUGAGUUUUAUAUUUUUUUUUAUUUGGAACUUGAACUACGUGAUUAUAUAUUUUGGUUAUUUGGUACUUGAGUUUUAUAUUUGGUACUUGUGUUGAUUAAUAGGUUCCUAAUGGAUCACGACAAAAAGAUACUACUCAUAAUUCUAAUGUACUUGUACGUCCGCUACUUUUGGAAAAGGGGUGUAAAACGAGUGCGGGACAAUGAUUCGGAAAUGACGGGACAUGAAUUUACAUUAGAGUUACUUCACCGUAAUCCUGUACAAUGUGUGGAAGUGCUACGCAUGUUCCGUGAAUCAUUUGUCCGACUAUGUGCUCAUUUUAGAGUAAACUACGCAUUAAAUGAUAGCAAACAUGUGUCGGUUGAGGAGAAGAUGGCUAUGUUUUUGAUGAUGAUCGGUCAUAACCAACGUUAUGUGAUUAUCAAGCGGAGAUUUCAACACUCAAAGCAAACAGUUCAUAAGUUUUUUCAUGAAGUGUUGGACAAAAUGCUGCUUUUCGCACAUGACAUUAUAGUGCCAACUUCUUUUAAUCCGAAUCCAAAUAUUCCAGGACAUAAUAGGAGGCUACGACGGGUGUUCAAGGGAGCAGUUGGUGUGCUUGAUGGCACCUUGAUACAUGCUGUUGUCCCUGCAAACAAACGGGAUUUAUAUAGAAGUAGGGGAAAAGGUGAUUGUUACCAAAACAUAUUGGCAAUAUGUGACUUCAACAUGAUGUUUACGUUUGUUGUGGCCGGUUGGGAAGGGAUAGCACACGAUUCUAGAAUUUUAUCAGAAGCAUUAGCAAAUCCACAUGCACGAUUCCCGCUUCCACCACCAGAUAAAUAUUAUCAUUGUGAUGCCGCUUAUGCAAACAUUCGAGGUUUUAUGGCACCGUACCGUAAUGUGAGGUAUUGGCUUGGAGAUUUCCGUCGAAGACGUGCAUUAACGAAUAAAGAAAAAUUUAACCAUGCACACGCAAAACUUUGGAAUGUCAUUGAGCGUGCUUUUGGUGUCUUGAAAGCACGAUUCCCUAUAUUGAAGAGGAUGGCACCAUUCUCAUUGGUUAAACAUCGAAACAUUACCCUAGCAUGCUUUGCGCUUCAUAAUUUUAUAAGAAGAGAGGGACUACGUGAUGUGUUUUUUGCACAAUAUGACAAACCAAAUGUCUCAGUUCGGAAUAACAAUGCAGGCGUUGAUAAUGAUGAAGAUGAGAUUCCAACACAUGGUACUGCAGCGGAUCGUGAAUAUAUGACUCAGUUAAGAGAUGAAAUUGCCGAACAAUUGAUGCAAAAUAUGGAAUGAAAAUUAUUAAAGUUUGGUUGUAUGAAUUUUAUUUAAAAAUGUUAUUGUAAGACUAAUUUGGUUGUUUGAAUUUUAUUUCAAUGUUUUUAGAUUACAAUUAUUAAAUUUUUGGUAUUAAAAAACUAUUAUCGGUUUAUUAAAUUAUUUUAUUUUAAUUUUUUUUAA